GUAGAUGUGUGUGAGGAUAAAGAGACACCUCAUCUCUUUCUCGUCCACUUUACAAAACGUAUAGAACAGAGCCAUCCGAUUGAGAAAAUAAAGCUAUACAUACAAUCUUAAACCUAUACGUACAAUCUUUCAUCAUUCUCUUGGUUCAAUAAAUAUAAAUUUUGAGACUUUCUUUCUCUUCUUUCAUUUUCAUUCCCACCCAACAAUUUAUUUCAUCUGAAUUAUCUAAAUUUCACAACUUUUUGAUCAAAUAAUCUGUUUUAACAACAGCCCAUUUGAUUAUCUCACAGUUCUUGCAGAAUUUAUGCACUCUUGUUCAAGAUUUCACAUGGGUUUUGAGGAAUCUUUGGGCUCUUCACAUGUUUGAUGCUUGUAAUUGUAUGAUCUGCUGAUAAUUGGAGGAGAGGUAAAGUAGUUGUAUAUCUUCACGUUUAAGAUUUCCAGAAGUUAAGAUCUUCUCGUUUGACUAAUUCGGGCACUGCAGUCUUUAAGCAGUGCCCAUGGACGCCACUACAAGUGGAACGGAUACUUUUCAAUACCGCAAGAUUCCUGAUCAGUCAGUAAAUGCACUUGUCACUUCUUCCCCGCGCUCAUUUCAACGACAGCAACGUCAUUGCUUUGGAGAUGCUACCCCUGGAGAAUUUCCGCUGUCUGCAAACCCCUCCAUUGUGCUUCAUGUCCUUACUGGAUGUAAUCUCGAUCCUCAAGAUCUUGCAAAAUUAGAGGCAACAUGUUCCUUUUUCAGGCAGCCUGCAGACUUUGCUCCUGACAAUGAACUGUCUUUAGCUGAACUUGCAGCUCUAGACAUGUGUCAUAAGAGGGCGAUAUUUAAACCCAUGUCAGAAGAUGAGCGCCAAGCAUUAAAACAUAAAUGUGGAGGCUCCUGGAAACUUGUCCUGAGGUUCUUCAUUGCUGGCGAAGCUUGUACCAGAAGAGAAAAAUCACAAGCAAUAGCAGGACCUGGUCAUAGUAUAGCCGUGACUUCAAAAGGAACUGUAUAUUCCUUUGGUUCUAAUAGCUCUGGACAGCUUGGACAUGGAACCAUGGAAGAGGAUUGGAGACCUCGCCCAAUCAGAUCCCUUCAAGGCAUUCGAAUAAUUCAAGCAGCUGCAGGCGCCGGAAGGACAAUGCUGAUCAGUGAUGCCGGUCAAGUCUAUGCCAUUGGUAAAGACUCCUUCGGGGAAGCUGAGUAUGGGGCUCAAGGAAUUAAUGUAGUAAAUACUCCACAACUCGUCGACUCAUUAAAAAAUAUAUUUGUGGUGCAAGCUGCAAUUGGAAAUUUCUUUACUGCCGUGUUAUCAAGAGAAGGAAGGGUUUAUACUUUUUCUUGGGGCAAUGAAAACAAAAUUGGUCACCAAACAGAGCCAAAUGAUCUGGAUCCCCAUCCGUUGUUGGGAGCACUAGAGAACAUACCUGUGGUUCAAAUUGCGGCUGGAUACUGUUAUCUUCUUGCCUUGGCUUGUCAACCCAGUGGCAUGUCAGUAUAUUCUGUUGGUUGUGGCUUAGGAGGGAAGCUUGGACAUGGAACUCGAACAGAUGAGAAGCUUCCUAGAUUGAUUGAACAAUUUCGUACUCUGAAUAUUCAGCCUGCAGUUGUCGCAGCAGGUGCUUGGCAUGCUGCAGUAGUUGGCAGCGAUGGAAGAGUUUGCACAUGGGGUUGGGGGCGCUAUGGCUGCUUAGGUCAUGGAAAUGAAGAUUGUGAAUCAGUCCCCAAGGUUGUUGAAUCAUUGAGCAAGGUCAAAGCUGUUCAUGUUGCUACUGGUGAUUACACAACCUUUGUGGUUUCUGAUGAAGGCAAUGUAUACUCUUUCGGAUGUGGGGAAUCCUCCAGUCUUGGACAUAAUACUGCAGCAGCCGAUGAACAGGGAAACCGCCAUACAAAUGUUCUGAGCCCUGAAAUGGUGACAUCCCUUAAGCAAGUGAAUGAGAGGGUGGUACAGAUCAGCCUCACCAAUUCUAUAUACUGGAAUGCACAUACAUUUGCUCUCACUGAAUCUGGUAAGCUUUUCGCAUUUGGCGCUGGUGACAAAGGGCAGCUGGGGGUUGAACUUGUUUCUAACCAAGCCGAAAGGGCAAAUCCUGAGAGGGUUGACGUUGAUCUCAGUUAGAAACAAUUGCUAGUUUAGCUGAUCUCCCCGCGCUAAUUCAGUCUAAUAUGCUAUCUUUAUGCUGAUUAGGAUCUGAACGUGUUUAUUUCAUUGUGUUAAUUUCUGUACAUAUAAAGUAAGAAUUGUGAAGAAUCUAGGUAGGUGCUCAGGGGCCUUGUAUAGUUGCAUAUGUAAACUUUCUAAACUUUCUAAAGCUUAAGGUCUCAACUGUAAAUAGUUGGUACAUUUGUUCUUAAGUUUGUUUCAUUACUUUCAUUUA